AUAAAAAAGAGGGGAAAAAAAGAAGAAAAAACUCUUCAAGCAUCACUUGCUAUGCUACAGAACCCCCGCCCAUUUCUCUUGGGUUUUAACAAGAGCGCAAAAUUCUGUUGCAGUAUCUCGCUCCAAGGUUCUUCCAGAUUUGAUGCUGCGUCUUGUUCCAAAUCUUCUUCGAAGAGCGCCAAAUAGGGUCACUCGCACUGCCACAAUCCCCUUCCAUCUCUCUUCCCCAAUCACAUUCUUCGAUCGCGAUCAGUUACAGCAACAAUCGCUCUUCCGGUUCAUCACUGGCUCCGCUUCGAGCCCUAGCCUCUCCAUAUGGAGGAGGAAGAAGGAGAUGGGCAAGGAGGGUUUGAUUGUGGUUAAAGAGCUCAAGAGGCUUCAGUCCAAUCUCAUUCGCCUCGACCGCUUCAUUUCCUCCCAUGUCUCUCGCUUGCUCAAGUCCGAUCUCGUCGCCGUUCUCGUCGAGCUUCAGAGACAGAAACAGGUCUUUCUGUGCAUGAAGCUGUAUAAUGUGGUUCGUAAAGAAGUAUGGUAUCGUCCCGACAUGUUCUUUUAUAGAGACAUGCUUAUGAUGCUAUCGAAGAACAAAAAGGUGGAAGAAACAAAACAAGUUUGGCAGGAUCUAAAAAGAGAGGAAGUGCUAUUUGAUCAGCAUACUUUUGGAGAUAUUAUUCGGGCAUACUUGGAUAAUGGAAUGCCCUCUGAGGCCAUGGACAUAUAUCGUGAAAUGAGACAAUCUCCUGAUAGGCCAUUAUCCCUGCCCUUUCGUGUAAUUUUGAAGGGGCUUAUUCCAUACCCAGAAUUGAGAGAACAGAUCAAAGACGACUUCUUGGAGCUUUUCCCUGAUAUGAUCGUAUACGACCCACCAGAAGACUUGUUUGAAGAGGAUGAAGAUAGAAAGAGGGAAUAUGAUUAAGAGUGCCACUCAUGCCGUCAAUUCUUUAUAACUUUUUCACAAAGGAAACUUUUCCUUGGCCAUAUCUGAACAAGUUGAGAUCAUUUGAAUGUGUUGGCUAUACCAGACUCUCGGUGGUGGCCUUGCAUUUGAAGCUCCUUUUGCAAAAUGAUUCGAUCUCGAAACAUUUUUUUGCCUUUGAGGAAUUAUUCAAAGAAUAUUCAUAGUUUCAUCAAUUUUGGGUUCGGUUAUUUAUUCAAUUCUUUUUGAGAGGUAGGAUUAGUGUCCUGUAUCUUAACAUGUCUUUUAGAUUGUUUUUAGCUAUAAUUAAUGUAAAAUGCCUGUUUAGGACAUGAAAUUCAAUGAAAAGAGUGUUUGGAA